CAAUGGAAUGAAGAAAUCAUGACCCCGGACACACUGUUCCGAUUUGCUGCACUACAAAUGGAUCGCCUGUGUGAAGAUCCCCGGAUCCAAAUAGCCGGAAUGCAUUUGCUAUUCGACAUGGCCGGUCUAUCUUCAACCAAAGUUGCAAAAUUGAAUCCGGCGAAAAGCGGUAAAGAGAUGAGCAAAUUGUUUCAAGAAGGUUAUCCGAUUCGGGUGAAAAGUUUCAUCUAUUACAAUGAGCCUACAAUUGUGGACUUUUUCAUGAAACUCAUGUCCACCUGGUUGAAACCGAAGAUGAAAGAACGAAUUAUUCGGGUGAAAGACAAUAUUGGCAAAGCGUGCAAAAAAAUCCACGGACUGCGUGGUGCCUUGCCGGCUGAAUACGGUGGCGAUAAUGCCAGUAUAGACCAAAUUAUUGCUCAAUUCUCUCCGGAAUUCAAGAAAUACAUAAGUGGUCGUCACUUAUGGGAUGACAUGAGUGUGGAUGAGUCCAAACGACCAGAAUGGGCAAAGCAUUACCUGAUGGAGUAUGCGGACUGUCCAGAACAAGCUAUGGGUACUAGUGGAACGUAUGUCCAGUUGCCAACCAAAGACUGA